AUGAUAGCGGCUCAGCUCCUGGCCUACUACUUCACUGAGUUGAAGGAUGAUCAGCUCAAAAAGAUUGACAAGUACCUGUACUCCAUGCGAUUCUCUGAUGAGACGUUGAAGGACAUCAUGAACCGUUUCCGGAGGGAGAUGGAGAACGGUCUGAGCAGCGACACUAACCCCACCGCCACCGUCAAGAUGCUGCCCACCUUCGUCCGCUCCAUCCCCGACGGAUCAGAGAAAGGAGACUUCAUCGCUCUGGAUUUGGGAGGAUCUAACUUCAGGAUUCUCAGAGUGAAAGUGACUCACGACAAGAAGCAGCCGGUGCAGAUGGAGAGCCAGGUCUACGACACUCCGGACGACAUCAUCCACGGCAGCGGGACACAGCUGUUUGACCAUGUGGCCGACUGUCUGGGAGACUUCAUGGAGAAGCAGAAAAUCAAAGACAAGAAGCUCCCCGUGGGGUUCACCUUCUCCUUCCCCUGCGCUCAGAGCAAACUGGACGAGGCAGUUUUAUUGACGUGGACAAAGAAGUUUAAGUCCAGUGGCGUCGAAGGAAUGGAUGUGGUUAAACUGCUGAACAAAGCCAUCAAGAAGAGAGGGGAUUACCAGGCAGACAUCAUGGCCGUAGUGAACGACACCACAGGAACCAUGAUGACCUGUGGCUUCGACGACCAGCGCUGCGAAGUGGGCAUUAUUAUCGGGACCGGCACAAACGCCUGCUACAUGGAGGAGCUGCGGCACAUCGACCUGGUGGAGGGGGACGAGGGCCGCAUGUGCAUCAACACCGAGUGGGGGUCGUUCGGAGACAACGGGUCCCUGGAAGACAUCCGCACCGAGUUCGACCGCGAGAUCGACCGAGGAUCCGUCAACCCGGGGAAACAGCUGUUUGAGAAAAUGGCCAGUGGGAUGUACAUCGGGGAGCUGGUCCGUCUGAUCCUGGUGAAAAUGGCCAAAGAGGGACUUCUGUUUGAAGGACGCAUCACUCCAGAACUCCUGACCAAAGGAACCAUCCAGACCAAGCACGUUUCCGCCAUCGAGAAGUCUAAGGAGGGUCUGAAGAAGUGCAUGCAGAUCCUCACCGGUCUGGGAGUGGAGCCGUCGGACGAGGACUGUCUGGCCGUGCAGCACGUUUGCACCAUCGUGUCGUUCCGCUCGGCCAACCUCAUCUCUGCCACUCUGGGCGCCAUCCUCAGCCGCCUCAAGGACAACAAGGGAGUGGCCCGACUGCGGACCACCGUGGGCAUCGACGGAUCGCUCUACAAGAUGCACCCACAAUACGCCCGUCGACUGCACAAAACCGUGCGGCGCCUGGUCCCGGACUCGGACGUGCGGUUCCUUCUGUCUGAGAGCGGCAGUGGGAAAGGGGCGGCGAUGGUGACGGCUGUGGCCUACCGCCUCACGGACCAGGCCCGGCAGAUCCAGCAGACGCUCGCCGAGUUCAGGCUCAGCAAAGCACAGCUGCUGGAGGUCAAGAAACGCAUGAAGGUGGAGAUCGAGAGAGGACUGGGCAAAAACACGCACCAAGAGGCUACGGUCAAGAUGCUGCCCACGUUUGUCCGGACGACACCCGACGGCACAGAGAAUGGAGACUUCUUGGCCCUGGACUUGGGAGGCACAAACUUCCGUGUGCUUUUGGUGAAGAUCCGCAGCGGCAAACGGCGAACGGUCGAGAUGCACAACAAGAUCUACGCCAUCCCCAUAGAAGUGAUGCAGGGCACAGGAGAAGAGUUAUUCGACCACAUUGUUCACUGCAUCUCGGACUUCCUGGAUUACAUGGGGAUGAAGAGCGCUCGUCUUCCUCUGGGCUUCACCUUCUCCUUCCCGUGCCAUCAGACCAGCCUGGACGCCGGGAUCCUUGUGACUUGGACCAAAGGCUUCAAAGCCACAGACUGUGAAGGAGAGGACGUGGUGGAGCUGCUGCGAGAGGCCAUCAAGAGGAAAGAGGAGUUUGAGUUGGAUGUUGUUGCCAUAGUGAACGACACAGUGGGGACCAUGAUGACCUGUGCCUACGAGGAGCCCACAUGUGAAGUGGGACUGAUCGCAGGGACGGGCAGUAACGCCUGCUACAUGGAGGAGAUGAGGAACAUCGAGACUGUGGAAGGGAACGAGGGCCGCAUGUGCGUGAACAUGGAGUGGGGCGCGUUCGGAGACAACGGCUGCUUGGACGACAUCCGCACCAUCUACGACCAGGCGGUGGACGAGAACUCACUCAACGAGGGCAAACAGAGAUACGAGAAGAUGUGCAGUGGGAUGUACCUGGGAGAGAUCGUUCGGCAGAUUCUCCUGGAUUUGACCAAACGAGGGUUUCUGUUCAGAGGUCAGAUCUCAGAGGCGCUGAAGACCAGGGCCAUCUUUGAGACCAAGUUCCUGUCGCAAAUAGAGAGUGACCGGCUGGCUCUGCUCCAGGUGAGGUCCAUCCUGCAGCAGCUGGGGCUCGACAGCACGUGUGACGACAGUAUCAUCGUGAAGGAGGUGUGCGGAACCAUCUCCCAUCGCGCCGCGCAGAUCUGCGGUGCCGGGAUGGCCGCCGUGGUGGACAAGAUCAGAGAGAACCGAGGCCUGGAGCAUCUGGAGGUCACCGUGGGAGUGGACGGGACACUCUACAAACUGCACCCACAUUUCUCGCGGAUCUUCCAACAGACGGUGAAAGACCUGGCCCCUAAGUGCGACGUGACGUUCCUGCUCUCGGAGGACGGCAGCGGGAAAGGGGCGGCUCUCAUCACUGCAGUGGGCUGUCGUCAGAGAGAGCUGGAGGCGCAGCAGCAGCACUGA